UGCAGGACGGUGGUGAAGAAGAAGAGGAAGUGGAGGAAGAAGAGAAGGAGAACUCCUCCACCACUGUGGCCCCCAGCUGCCUCCCCAGCAGCAGUGGAGGCAGGAGAACCUUCCGUGGUCUGAUGAUCUUCUGCAGGAGUGCGGACCAUUACCAAGGUUUGUCCUCCGUCUCUGGUGAAAAUGGAUACAUUUUUUCGUCGUCAUUUCCGGAAGAAAGAACCAACGCCACAGGAUGACAUGGAGCCCACGCCCUGUCAUCAGCGGAGGCCCAGUGUGGCCGUCCCCACAAGCAAGCCCCGCCGCCGGUCCAGUGUGGGGCUUCCAUCCUCCACCCUGACCCAGCGGCGCCGGUCCAGCAUCCAGUUGCAGACAGGAAUGUCAUGUCCUGGUGGGAGGACCUCUGUAAAGACAGGGAGACACAGUGGAUGGUCGAGACGAGUUCGCAGACGCUCCAGCACAACCACGCCCAGCGUAAACCCCAGGUUUGCUGUGCGUCGGAAGAGGACUGGGAAGCUGCGGACCAUUGACACCCACCUGCUGGGGCCGUCCAUGUUACUGGCCAGCCUGAUCCAAAUGACUGAGGAGGAAGAGGAGGAGGAGAGGGUGGAGGCGAGGCUACCAAGAGGAGAGCAACAGGUGGAGAUAAGGAGCGGGUCCGAUGUCAAGACAGUGACUUCACACCCAGUUAGCCUCCAUUCAGAUGGUGAUGAUGACAAUGGAGAUUACUGCAGCAACAGCAACAGCCAAUCAGAUUCCAGUCAGCUUUCAGAGGCGGAGCAGCUGGAUGAGCAAGUGGAGGAGGAAGGAGAAGUUUCCAGCUGCACAGAUCAACAUCCAUCUUCAUCUUCGACCUCCUCGUCCACAGCCCUUGAAAGGACGACCCCGCUCUCAUCCACGCCCCGCCGACUGAUCCGGGCGCCUCGCUGCCUCCGCAGGAACUCCUCCCAGAUGUUCUUAGGAGAUACUGCCUCCUACAGGCGUUACAGUGCCUCCGUCCAGAGGAAGAGGAGAAGGAUCUCCACCAUCUCCAAAGCUGGGAGCCCGUGGCCUGGAAGAGGCCUCCCACUGCCCAACCGUCGGACCUCGGUCCACUAUGUCAACCACGCCACCGUCCACAGGGGCCCCAGGGCUCUCACUGCACUGGGGCCCCAGGACUACCACUCCCACCUGGAAAACUGGAGUGCCUUCCUGCUAAAAGCUAUAGCGAAGUCCGGCCUGCAGCAUGUGACCAGUCAGCCCAGUGGGUCAACAUCCACUCAGAGCCAGUCGCCACGGGAACCCAGCAGCUGCGUGGACUGGACGGAAAAUGCCCAGUUCGGAGACCACAUCUGGUUUGAGACCAGUGGUUCUGGAGACUUCUGUUACGUUGGAGAACAGUACUGCAUGGCCCGGUCCCUGCAAAAGUCCAUCUCCAGGAAGAAGUGCGCUGGAUGUAAGAUUUCAGUCCACACCAUGUGCAUGGAGCAGCUGAACCAGAUCAACUUCAGGUGUAAGCCGUCCUUCAGGGAACCUGGAUGUCGGGCCGUCCGAGAGGCUGCGGUGGUGAGACAUCACUGGGUUCACAGGCGGAGACAGACGGGGAAGUGUCGACAGUGUGGGAAGGGGUUUCAACAGAAGUUUUCCUUCCACAACAAAGAGAUCGUGGCCAUCAGCUGCUCCUGGUGCAAACAGGCGUACCAUAACAAGGUGACCUGCUUCAUGCUGCAGCAGAUCGAGGAGUCUUGUUCUCUGGGAGCUCACGCGGCAGUUAUCAUCCCUCCAACCUGGAUCAUCAGAGUCCGCCGUCCACAGCCGUCUCUAAAGUCCAGUAAAAGGAAGAAGAGAACGUCAGUGAAAUCCAACAAGUCGAGCAGGAAGAGCUCUGAGGACGGCCGUUGGAAGGCCUUCCUGGUGAAGUCGGUUCCGUCUCAGCUGAUGAAGCCUGUCCUGGUCUUCGUCAACCCCAGGAGCGGAGGGAACCAGGGAACAAAGAUCCUCCAGUCCUUCAUGUGGUACCUGAACCCUCGACAGGUGUUUGACCUGACCAAGGGCGGACCCAGAGAGGGACUAGAGCUUUACAUCAAAGUGCCCAACCUGAGGAUCCUGGCCUGUGGAGGUGACGGGACUGUGAGUUCUUCAAACAUGUCAGUGUUGGACCAGUUGAAGUUCCACCCUCAGCCUCCUGUGGCCAUCCUCCCUCUAGGGACUGGCAAUGACUUAGCGAGGACUCUGAACUGGGGCGGGGGUUACACUGACGAACCAAUCACAAAGAUCCUCUCACACGUGGAGGACGGAACCAUCGUCCAGCUGGACCGAUGGAACCUGAACGUGGAGGCCAACCCUGAGGCCAGACCUGAGGACAUGGACGAGCAUCAGACAGACAAACUUCCCAUUGACGUCUUUAACAAUUACUUCAGCCUGGGCUUCGAUGCUCACGUCACACUAGGCUUCCAUGAAUCCAGAGAGGCAAACCCAGAAAAGUUCAACAGUCGCUUCAGGAACAAGAUGUUCUACGCAGGGACGGCCUUCUCAGAUUUCUUAAGCCGGACGUCGAAGGACCUGGCCAAGCACAUCAGAGUGGUGUGUGACGGCACAGACCUGACCACCAAAGUCCAGGAUCUGAAGCUGCAGUGUCUGCUCUUCCUCAAUAUUCCCAGGUACUGUGCAGGGACCGUCCCCUGGGGUCACCCUAGUGAACACUACGACUUUGAACCACAGCGUCUCGACGAUGGGUUCAUCGAGGUCAUCGGUUUCACCAUGACGUCACUGGCUACACUACAGGUCGGAGGUCACGGAGAGCGUCUUGUCCAGUGUAAAGAAGUGACCCUCACCACCUUCAAGUCCAUCCCCAUGCAGGUGGAUGGAGAACCCUGCAAACUGGCCCCGUCCAUAAUCCACAUCAGUCUGAGGAACCAGGCCAACAUGGUCCAGAAAACCAAGAGGAGGAUUAACAUACCCCACCUCAACGAUCAACAGUCCGUCCCAGACCGACUCCACAUCAGAGUGAACAGGAUCACCAUGGCGGCCUACGAGUCGCUGCACUACGACAAAGAGCAGCUGAAGCGGGCCUCAACACCGCUCGGCGUCAUCAUCGUCCCCGGAGACAGUGACCUGGAAACCUGCCGCCUGCUCAUCGAUGGUCUGCAGGAUGACCAGGACCAGAGCAGUGACACGAUGUCCAAGACCCUGACCCUGUCUUCACUGUCCAGGAGGUGGUGUUUCCUCGACAGUACGACUGCAGACCGGUUCUACAGGAUCGACCGAGCUCAAGAGCAUCUGAACUACGUGACGGAAAUCUCUCAGGAGGAACUCUACAUCCUGGACCCAGAGCUGCUGGACAAAGAGACAUCCGUCUUCUCUCCUGAGAUGCCUGACCUCGUGGACUCAGAGGAGUUGUCCCGUCAAACCAGGGUCAAGGAGUUCCAGAGGAGGAGAAUUUCCAGCGACAGUUCCGUGGCCAAUGCACUGUCACAGAGUUCCAGUAAAAGCGCCCUCUGCAGGCGAGGAGCGAAGAUCCAACGCUCCAACACCAGCCUCGCUCAUUUCACUCACGUCAGUAGCCCGACCUCUGCUGCGUCACAUGACCCCGACAAAGAAACACAGUUACUGACCUGCGUCCACACCAACGACCUUCAAACACUGAUGAGGCUCCACCAGCAGGGGGCAGACCUCCUUCUGCAGGAUGGUGGUGGUCGUACGCUGGUGCAUCACGCCGUUGAGCUGGACAGUGAAGAGAUCGUUAAGUUCCUCGUAGACAACGUUCCGACGUCACACCUGGACAUAGCAGAAGAAGAGACUGGCGAGACGGCGCUGCACAAGGCUGCCACCUGCUGUCAGAAAGGCAUUUGUCACCUCCUGGUGGAGGCCGGAGCGUCGCUCACAAAGACAGAUCUGCAGGGGGAGACACCUAAGGAGCGUGCGGAGAGAGGAGAGGACCUGGAACUGAGCCAGUAUCUGGACCCACAUCAGCAGAUGAUCCAGAGUGAAGACAAGGAGACAGCAGUUUGACCUUCUCACUGUCCCUCUGUCCUCAACACCACUUGUCCUCCUUUGACCUGGGUCUACCUUAUCUCACCCCCCGCCACCUUCUGCACCCCCCUGAGUGGACACCUAUGAGCCUGGACUGUCUCUGAGGACACUGUCCUGAUCCUACUCAUGUCCACAGAGACACUGGGGUCUCAGGACUGGUCCACUGUCUCCUCAGAAAACCUCCGAAAUAUUUACACAACUAUUUAUAGUCUGGUUUGUAGAAAAAAAAACUGGCUGGAGACGUGUGUGUGAGUGUGUGUGUGUGUGGGUGAGUG